AGCCACGCUUCGGGGUAUUGUCAUUUCGUUUGCAAAUCAAAUCAAGUUAGGGCGCCGACAAACCAAGCCAGACGGCGGUGUUAUGGACCUCUCCGCUACACCCCACAAACGGAAACGCUCUUCCUCCCCCCCGCCGCCGCCGGACUCCGCCGCCCCCAUAGAUUUCUCACUCCUGGAAGCCCUCGAGAAAUCCCAGCACAACACCGUCGAAACCCUCGACCUCAAAACCCUAAAGAAACUCGCCCUAUCCUUAGAGCGUCGACUCAACGCAAACACCGCCGCCCGUCUCAAGUACCCCGACACCCCCGAGAAGUUUGCAGACUCCGAACUCGAGCUCCAUGACGAGUUGCAGAAGCUCAAAAUCCUCGCAGGCGCGCCCGAGCUCUAUCCUGACCUUGUCAGCCUCGGCACAGUCAAUUCUAUCACUGGACUCCUCAACCACGACAAUACGGAUAUCGCCAUUGAUGCCGUCACUCUCCUGCAGGACCUCACGGACGCUGACGUCAUCGAGGAUAACGAGGAGUCCGCGCAGGUGCUCGUCGACGCUCUCGUGGAGAACAACGCGGUCGAAUUGCUCGUCCAGAAUUUGUCAAGGUUGAACGACUCGGACCCCGACGAAUCGACCGCUAUUUACAAUACGCUGUCCACGAUCGAGAACCUCAUCGAGGUGAAGCCUUCGGUUGCAGAGCUCGUUUGUGAGAAGACCAAGCUAUUGAAAUGGCUCCAGGCGCGGAUUAAGAUUCGUGAAUUCGAUAGUAACAAGCAGUAUGCUUCCGAGAUUCUCGCAAUUUUGUUGCAGAACAGUAACGCGAACCAGAAGAAGUUCGGCCAGAUGAAUGGCGUGGACACGCUGUUGCAGGCCGUGGCUAUGUACAAGUCCAGGGAUCCAAAGACAGGGGACGAGGAGGAGAUGGUAGAGAAUUUGUUCGAUUGUUUGUGUUGCUUGUUGAUGCCAUUGGAGAAUAAGGAAAGGUUUGUGAAGGCAGAAGGGGUGGAGUUGAUGAUCAUCAUAAUGAACCAGAAGAAAUUGUGCUAUGGCUCGGCGAUCAGGGCGCUCGAUUUUGCCAUGACUAAUUAUCCGCCGGCGUGUGAGCGGUUUAUUGAUGUGAUGGGAUUGAAGACUGCAUUCCCUGCUUUUAUGGGUAAGAUACCUUUAAGCAAGAAGAACAAGAAAAAUCGAUAUAAAGAAGAACUGGAAGAGCGGCUCAUAUCAUUAAUUGCAUCACUAUUUGGUGGAAUCUUGAGGGGUUCUAGGAGGGAAAGAUUGCUGAGUAAAUUUGUGGAAAAUGAAUACGAAAAGAUAGAUCGACUCAUGGAACUCUACAUGAGAUAUUCUGAUAGAGUGAAAGCAGAGACUGAGCGACUUAAUGAGCUUGAACUUGAUGACUUUGUGAUUGAUGAAGAGGAGAAGUAUAAUCGAAAACUAGAUUCAGGGCUUUAUACACUUCAGUUAAUUUCUGUCAUUGUGGGUCACUUGUGGACUUCUGAGCACUCUGGAAUGCGAGCAAGAAUAGAACUAUUAUUAAAGCAGCAGAAGCUAACUAAAAAGGAUGUUAAGGAUAUACUUCAGGAAUAUCAUGACAAUAUUGGUGAUCUUGAAGGCCCAGAAGAGAAGGAAAGGACACAGUCUAAGAUUUUGAAAUUCAUUUCUGCCUUUUCUUGAAAAAAAGGUAUUUAUGGCUCAACCUUCCUGCCAUGUUGAAUUAUAGUGAUGAUUUGGAAUUAUAAUGAACCCUUCUUGUGUUAAUUCCGAAAAGCUUAUUGUGCAUGGCUGCAUUGCCUUUGCCUGUGCCUGCCAGUUAUAGAACAUUUUGCUCUACAAUUCAUUAAUAUUUGCAUGUUUUACAUUUCUAUCCUAAUUUUCAGAAUCAAUUAUUAGGCGGUGGUUACCCUGCUAAUUAAAUUUAAUCAGUUUCAUGCUGAUA